AUGGGUAGUCAGGCGGGUCAGAGCGGCGCGGAGAGGAGCGAAGGCCGGGCUGUGAACGCCGACGCAGCCGAGAGAUCGGGCGCGGCGCACGUGUACCGCGUUCGCGCAGUCGACAACGGGCACGUGUCCGCGGACGUGAGCCGGGGGGGUAGGGAGGAAGGGCUCACGAAGGCGGCAGGUCUCAUGAAAGACCACCCCACCGUGCCAUCGGUCUCUGUGCACGGAGAAACGCUGGAAGGCGAGUGCAUCUUCUCCCGUGGUGCCGUGGAGCUGCCGCGUGCACAUUGCGCUUUUCGAGGGUGCGGGUGGCGGGGAUCCAGCGAAGCGGAGCUGCGCGCACAUGUGCUGGGCGAACAUCGCGAGGCGUUGCGGCAUGUCGCGGAGACGCUCGCGUGCCAUGACGAAGACGAAGCCAAACGGAGUGAGACGCAGUGCUGGUCAGCGUACUACGAGGCGAUCGCCUGGAAAGGCCGAAAGGGGAACCCGAUUGAAUGGCGCGCGGCGACGGCCAGCGGGGGCGGAUUUUUCGGUCUCCCCGACGCGUUCGUGAGAGACAACAUGACGGUGGACUCGUACCUGGAGCGGUUCGGCGAAGUAGAUGGCGCUGGGGAGGGGAGCAGUGGCGUGCACCUUCGAGACCGCAUGGACGAGUUCGAGGAUUGGCACGUGUGCGUGCCAUCAGGAGACGGGCCCACGACGCACGCCGUGAAUAGUGCAUGCACCGGUUGUGAAGCCCCGUUGUGCGGGGAGUGCGGGAACGCGAUGGCGGCAGAUAUUUUGGAGAGCACGAAGACGAACGCCGUGGUAUGUGAGAAGAGCAGCUUCGACGAGGGAGAUAUCAAUGCGCAGCGGAUCGAGGCCGUGCGAACCUUCGUGCAACGGCUGGAUGAGGAGCGCGCGCACGGCGAUGCGAACGGGACGUCGGAUUCCAGCGAAGAAGAGGGCGGCGACGGGACGACGGAACGGGCGCGUAAACGCGUUCGCGUCCGCGAAGGGGCGGGCCCGGGGGCGGAGCAGACGUCGCGGGAGGCGGCGGAGCGCGUCAUGCUGGAGCAGGCGACGACCGAGGGGAAGCGCGUGGACCGCCUUCGCGUGCGCACGGGAAACGUUAUGAUGGAUCAGUUCGAGCCCUGGUACUUUGGCGUCGCGUUCGCGUUUUUGUUCAAGUACUGCACGGGGAUGCCAGAUGGCCCUGAGUUCAUGAAGCGUCCGCGUCAUCGCAGGGGGAAUGGGGCGCCGCGUGUAGAGCUGCCACUGUGGGUGCGGAUUAUGAGUCGUCGCGUCGAGAGCCAGUUGUGUCGCGAUUGGCAUUUCGGGCUCGUGUCUUGGAACCUCGUGUUCCGCUCGGCGGUGAACCUGGGCAGGACGUGGUUCACGUACGUGGCACCGAGCGCCACGGGCGAGGUGGAACAGCUGACGCCUGAGCAGAUCGGCGAAGGCGCCAAACAGAUUUACCGCGCGCUAGACAUGAAGUACGUGGACAUCAACGGCAGAAAGCAGAAGGUCAAGGGCGACAUGACGAAAGAGAGCGGAGACCUGUACGGCUUCUUGCCCAUCGCAGAGGGCAUGCCAGUCGCUCUGACUGAUCACAUCGAUCGCAGCGAGGACAAGAACCUCCUGCGCGGUCGCGUCGGCCGCGUUCAGUCUUGGGUUUGCGACGGGGACGCAGAGCACGAUCAGGUCACGCGGGGGGGUGAGACCAUUCUGAAGAAAACCCCGAAAGUGAUUUUUGUAUUGUUCGAUGAAGGCGACGACGGAAAGGGCGGUCGGAAGCCGUGCAAGUGGACGAUCGGGGGAUUGAGGACGCCUGGCUUGCACCCGGUGGUUCCGCAAAAGAAGGAGUGGUUCGUGGACAAAGGUCGUCCGCGCCCGCGGCUGAAGGUGAAAAGGCGUCAGUUCCCGCUGGCCCCAGCCUUCGGCGUGACGGCCCAUGCGGCGCAGGGGCAAACUUUUAAGGAGGGUGUCAUAGUGGACCUGAGCAUCGGCGGGGGCACGUCACCUCUGUCGAGCUACGUGGCACUGACGCGGGUGCAGCGCCGUGAGGACAUGCUCAUCUUUCGCCCCUUCGACAUUGCGCCGUAUCAGAAGAAGGGCGAACGGAAGGGCCCAGGCUUGUUGCUGCGCACGUUGCGCGGAGAAGACUUGGACUGGGAGGCGAUAGAGCUGGAGUUCAUGCCGUCUGGCAGGUGCGCGGUCUGCGGGUGCACGAAGCACAAGAACAUGUACCCAACGGUCGGGCAGUGGAGCCGCGCAGAUGGGCUCCGCGUGCGCAGCGUGUGCCUGGAAGAUAAGAAGAGGUCCGGCACGCCGUGGCAAUGCAUGGAGUGUGGUCUAUGGAAGUGCCAGGAGGCGUUCCACGCGUCACAGCACCACCCGUCGAAGUUGACCACGCGGCGUUGCGUGGACUGCCCCGAGAGACGGAGUUGCCGCGCGUGUGAUGGUCGGAAGUACGAAGAAGCGUUCGCGCCGUACCAGUGGGACCUUGCAGGGAACAGCCGGUGCAGAGGGGGGAUGUGCAAAGAGUGCGAGGAGCUGAAGACGCACCUGACGUGUUCCCGCUGCGGCAUGGAGAAGUUGGUGGACGAUUUUGCGAGGAUUGAGAGGAACGCAGAGGAGCGGAAGUGCAAAGCGUGUAAGAAAUCAAUGAGAGAGGAAGAAAGACAGCGCGCCGAGGAAGGGAAACGGAGGGUAUGCUCGAAAUGUGGGGAGUCGAAGAGUAAGGCGGAGUUUUCCGCUCACACGUGGUGCAUCGCCUCCAAAGAGACCAUUGCAUGUACCCAGUGCGUCCAGGAUGCGGCCGCCCAACGGGACUCGGCGGCGAGGAAAGACGUGAAGGCCUGUGGUGUGUGCGAGGUGGCGCAACGGCGUGAUUUCUUCUCGCAAAAAAUGCGGAAUGGAGUGGCCGAUCGUGACCGCAAAUGCAUGCGCUGCGUCAACGCUGGGGCUGCACAGCGGAACACAGAUGCGAGGAACGACGUGAGGGCCUGCGUGGUGUGCGAGGUAGCGCAGCGGCGUGAAUACUUUUCGAAUUGGAUGUGGGAGUGCGCGGGAGACCAGCACCGCAAGUGCAAGCGCUGCAUCGAUGGCGCAAAGCUGGAGCGAGGGAAGUGGACAUGUGUAGAAUGUAAGGGCGCUUUCGGGAGGGAGCACUACAGCAACUGGUUGGCUGGACGAUCGACGCAGAAGGCGAAUGGGAAGCAGAGGUGCAACAUAUGUUGUGCUGGCCAAGAGCGCAAACGGAAGGAAGUCGCCGAGCGGACCCAUGCGUCGGUAACGAAAAAGCAUAAGGCUGGAUAG